AUGAGACACGGCGGCCCUAGGCGGCAUGGACGCCCAAACAGUGGCCGCGUCAUAAAGCCAGACCCCGACAGUCAUGCAGUCACUCGGCAGUCAAUUGAGAGUGACCAUGGUGAUGUCCCAGGCCACCACACUCAGAACACAAACGCUCUCCCCAAUUCCUCACUCUAUGGCCAAAAUAGCAGCACCGGAUCGGUGACUCAGUCUUUUAACCAACAGUUAAGGUCUGACGCACCACCUCCAAGUGAACCUGCUACCGAGAUUGAACCUCUCUUUAGAGAGGUGAGGCCUCUUGCCAUGUUUUCUGCAGCUACCAAUGGAGCGUCGAAGGAAGAUAGUUUCUUUCAUUCCUCAUUCAAGGACAUCGGAAGACGUCUCAAGGAAUUCAAUGACACUCUUGGCGAGCUCCAGCAGCUGGGUAUGUCACACGAUCUCAAACUCCCUGAACUAGUGUUGAUUGGAGACCAGUCUGCUGGCAAGUCCAGUCUCAUGUCCGGUUUGGCACAUUUAGACCUCCCGCGAAGCGAAGGCACAUGCACUAGAUGCCCUCUGCACAUUCGGGUGUCUAGGAAUACAGACUGGUCCUGCAGGGUUUCACUUCGCCGAGAGUAUUCUUAUCAUCCCCCGCAGGAUUGUGGUAUUACAGAGGACGAUGUUACUGACAGCGAUCCAUUUUUCCCCUGGAAGAAGAUGGCCCACAUGCAAAUCCAUGAGUUCAAGACAAUGCACGACAACUCUGAGAUUGAGAGUGUCUUGCGCUGGGCCCAGAUUGCCAUUUUAAACGACAGCAAGAGCCACAAGCUCUUCAUCCCCGGUUCUGGCUCCGUCGCACUCAGCACUAACAUUGACGAGGCUGCCGAGACGACGCAAGCCAAAUUCAGCCCUAAUAUCGUUUCCUUGGAAAUUAGAGGACCCGACUUUCCGGAUCUGUCCUUCUAUGAUAUGCCUGGCAUCUUUCAAAAUCCAGCGGAUGCCCGGGACGACUACCUUGUGUCUGUCGUGCGAAACUUGUCAAAAGCCUAUAUCGAGCACACCUCGGCUAUUGUCAUCUGUUCUAUGCCAAUGAACAGUGAUGCCGAAAAUUCAGCCACUUUUGGUUUGACCAGAAAGCUGAAUGCGUCUGGUCGUACCAUUGGCGUUUUGACAAAAGCCGAUCUUUUGCCAGUAAACGGCAAAAUAGACCAGUGGCUGGCUAUCAUGAGACAACAAACGCACCAGACAGGACUUGGCUACUUUGUGACGUCCCGUCCUCCAGACAAAGAUCUCGAUGAAUGCAAAGAGUGGGAAGAGCGCUUCUUUACAGAAACCAACACAUCCGACUGGCCGAUUCAUUUCCAUGAAUUCCAAGAACGAUGCGGUGUGGAAAAGCUAAAGGCCUAUUUGUCCGAAAGACUAGGAGAGCAGUUUGCCCGAUUUUUACCAGAGAUCAAGAGAGAUCUCAAACAUAAACUUCAAGCAAUCAAGGAACAGUUGUAUGGCCUUCCAGAACUGCCUGAAAAUGUCGAGCUUGAGAUCAAAUCUUGCUUAAUGACAUUUUCGGACCAAAUCCGGAUUCGACUGGAUAGCUUUGUAAAAAACAUCAACACUUUGCCCAUGAACUUCAAGCAAUGUCUUCUGGAUAUGAAGCCCAAAUUCGUUCUCAAGGACAAUUCCGACUGCCCCAUCCAAAUUAUAUCCGACUCUGAAUCCGACGCCACGACAUCCUCUGUGGUUCAAACACCGAGUCGCAAACGUCCCACUCAAGGGCCAAUUACAGUUCCAACACCCAAAAGACAGAGGUCUGAACUGCUCAACAAUGGGGCAGGUUUACCCAAUCGUGGUGCACCCGCUGCCAACAAUGGAAAUCAAUCACCUCGAGUGCGAGGCGUAGCAACGCCGUCCUUCCCGGAGCCCUUUACCCAGUUUAGUGCGGUUGGUAGAGGAUUCCGAACACUCGCCGCUGUACGUGAAGAAAUACAAAACAAUAUGAAAGCCGGUAUGCCAGGCAUCAUUCCGGAGGAGGUAUAUGAGAAGCUUGUUUUGGAGGCCAUGGAUCCAUGGAAUGGCCCUACCAGAGAAUUCCUGACAGCCAUUGUCCAAGCAUUGCACAAUGCGAUGCAGGAAGCGCUUGUGAGAUCUCUGGGUCGCCAUGAAAAGCGCUUCAUCUUUCGAGAGGUGGAGAAGUAUGUCGCGGAGCUUAUUGAACAACACCGGGACACAACUAUGCAACAUCUGAUUCAAAUGUACGAGGACGAGACUAGCAAGCUUCUCACUUUCAACACCGAAGCAUUCACGCACUACUUCACCCACGAGAAGGAGGUGCUGCAGAGGUUCAGGCACCAUAUGAGACUCCAGGCUGCAGGCAUGACGUCAGAGCAGCUUGUGCCCUACGAAUCCGUAGGACAGGAACGCUUAGCGCUGGAGGCGAAGAAGCGAGAGGCCGAGAUGGUCAAGUUGGGCCCGGACAAAUUUGAAAAAGAGGUCGAUGUGAUCGCCUACGUUAGGAGCUACUACAAACUUGCGGCACUUCGAUUUGCAGACAACUGUGCGCAGAAUGUCAUUUGCCGCAUGAUUCCUAACUUGAAUCGAUCUCUGGUGUUUGAAAUGCAUGGAAAGCUGGGCAUCCAGGGCAGCGACUGCAAUGACACUUAUGAGAGGCUCAUGGCAGAAGAUGAACAGACGGCUACCUUGCGACGAAAUCUCAAGGGCGAGUUGCUCAAGUUUGAGACUGCGCUACGCAGCAUUGAGCAGCUGGAGGCCAACUUUGGCGAGACUUCGACUAGUUUCACGACCGAACAGAAUGGCGGCGAUGGUGCAAACGGUGUAAACGGUGUAAAUGGUCAUGAUGUUGAAAUGCACGACGGUGAUCGUCUCGAUGAAUUGUAG